AUGAAAUUUUUUUAUUUAUUUAUAAUUAUAUUUGUAAUUAAUAUUAUAAGUAAAUGCAGUGCAUAUGAUUAUGCAUAUUUUUAUCCACCAAGUAAACAAGAUAAUGAUGCUGUGGGGUACAUUGUUGCAAUAGGUCAACCAUGUCUUUCGUAUGAUGCCCAAGGUUGGGCUGCUAUUGCUAAUAUUGAUAGUGAAAAUGAUAUAUCUCUUAAACUUUAUGAUAAUGUCAAUUGUAAAGGUAACCCAGCUUAUGAAAACACAUUUAAAGGUGGCAACUAUGGCCCAUAUGAAAUCCCAUUUAAUCAUUAUGAUCCAAAUAAAUUACAUUUGGUUUCAAGUGAACCACUUUUUGAAGUAUCCACUAUUAUGGUAAUGCAAUUUUUCCCAACUUCCAAUAGCGAUUGCGAAGGUCCUGCACCAAUCAUGAAAAUGUUCCUUAAUAGUACUGCAUUUAAUAGUACUGAUCCAUACUCACUUGUUUAUUGUGAAAAUGAUGAACCGAUGAAUAAAGUUUGUGUUAAUAAUAAAUGUGAAAUUAUUCCAUACCCAAACAAUUGUACCCAAUACUUUAAUCCAUCAAUUUAUUCAAAUUUUGUUUGUAGACAAGGUUCACCUGUACCUAGCUCAUCAUCGUCAUCCUCUUUUGAUUCAUCAAAUUCUAAUCAAUCAUAUGACAGCUCUGUUUCGGGCUCGGGUUCGUCAUUUAUUAGCGGUUCUGGUGCAUCAAAUAAUAGUGGUUCUGGCACUUCAAAUAACUAUUCAGGUGGUUCUUCAACUGGAACUGGUUCAAAUUAUAAAUUUAAAAAUAUUUGA